AUGCUCGUAUCUUGCAGUGCGGCAGCUGCAAAGCAAGCAGGUGAACGGGGCGCCAAAGAGCGACUUCACUCUGAACAGCCGACACAUUCGGAACCUGUGUCAGACAUCUCAUGGAGAAUCAACUUGAUUCUCCAGUAUGCAAGUUGUCUGGCAGAUGCCGGAAAAAUCGUCGACGCCUUCAAAGGCUCGAGUGGAGUUGGCAAGGGAUUCAGAGCCAUUGGUGGCAGUUGUUCGAAAAGAAACAGAAAAAAGUGCCUGGUCUCGGAUGCAAAUGACGGCUCUUUUCGCGUCACGCCUCCCGGGACCCGAGGCGGCAACGGGGCUCGCAAAAUCCUGGGCGCUAGUCGAUCCUGACUUCUUUACUCUGUAUUCAAGAGAAUCUGACGAGUUCCAC